CGAGCUUGUGCACAGAAACACUAUAUAUAUAUAUAUUCUCCUCUGCUCCAUCAAAUUCAAAAUUGGACUCUUUCUGCGAGAUAAACACAAGUAACUUAGCUGCAAAACAGAGGUAAUUGAAGACAUACGAAGCAAGAUGGGGAAGAACGAGAAGACAGGACUAGGUAGAGCUUUGGUGAAGCACCACAACCAGAUGAUUCAACAAUCCAAAGAAAAAGGCCGUUUCUACAAAGCCCUGCACAAGAAAGUUCUUGAAUCUGUCACUGAAGUCAGCGACAUCGACGCCGUCAUCGAGCAAGCCGAGGAGGCCGACCGUCUCUUCUCUCUCCAGCAUCCCACUCCCAAUCUUCUCAUCGACCUGGACUCGAGCUCAAGUAGCAGUGAUAUGACACCGGAGCAAAGGAGGGAGCUGCAGAAGAAGGAGGAGGCAUUACAUGCUAGCAGUCUCCGAAUCCCUCGAAGGCCACCGUGGAAUGCUGGAAUGUCUGUGGAGGAGCUUGAUGCGAAUGAAAGACGAGCCUUUUUGAUCUGGCGUAGAAGCCUUGCAAGCCUUGAGGAGAAUGAGAAGCUUGUGCUCACACCAUUUGAGAAGAACUUAGAUAUUUGGAGACAGCUUUGGCGUGUGGUUGAGCGCAGUGAUUUGCUUGUAAUGGUUGUUGAUGCACGAGACCCCUUGUUCUACCGCUGUCCUGAUCUUGAGGUAUAUGCACGAGAGGUUGAUAAGCACAAAAGGACAUUGCUUCUUGUGAACAAAGCAGAUCUUUUACCCUAUUCAGUCAGGCAGAAAUGGGCAGAAUAUUUUUGCCAUUGUGAUAUACUAUUUAUGUUCUGGUCGGCUAAGGCUGCUUCUGCAGCUCUUGAGGGGAAAAAGCUCAAAGAACCAUGGAAGGGACACGCUACCCUUGAAGAGAUGGAUGACCCUCAUACAAAAAUAUAUGACAGGGAUGAAGUUUUAUCUCGUUUACAGCUAGAGGCGCAAGAGAUAGUCAAGAUGAGUAGGAAAUCAAGCUCCAGUACCACCAGCCCAUCGAGUGAUCAGUCUCUGGAAGGAAAUGAUGUUGGAAAUUCAGCUCCUAAGAAUGUGGUGGUAGGAUUCGUUGGAUAUCCUAAUGUGGGCAAAAGCUCCACAAUCAAUGCUUUGGUAGGCCAGAAGCGCACUGGAGUGACCUCUACACCAGGGAAGACUAAGCAUUUCCAAACACUGAAAAUAUCUGAGGAGUUGACCUUGUGUGACUGCCCUGGAUUAGUGUUCCCUUCCUUCUCAAGCUCAAGAUACGAGAUGAUUGCUUCAGGGGUGUUACCAAUUGAUCGAAUGACCGAGCACAGGGAGGCUGUGCAGGUUGUGGCUAAUAAAGUCCCAAGGCAUGUCAUCGAGGAUGUGUACAAGAUAAAUUUGCCAAAGCCUAAGCCAUAUGAGCCUCAAUCUCGGCCUCCUUUGGCAUCAGAAUUUUUAAGGGCUUAUUGUGCAUCUCGUGGGUAUGUUGCAUCUAGUGGACUGCCUGAUGAAACUAGAGCUGCACGUCAAAUUUUGAAGGAUUACUUAGAUGGCAAGCUACCUCACUUUGAGAUGCCACCUGGAAUGUCUGAAGAGAAAGCAAACAAUGAAAAUAAUGAAGAACCCAGCUUGUCCGAGAUGCACGACACAGAUUCAUCUGACAUCGAAAACACUCCAGAUAUUGAAAGUGAAAAUGCGCCUAUUAUUGAACAUGUACUUGAUGAUCUAAAUUCAUUUGACAUUUCCAAUGGACUUGCAUCCAAGAAGGCUACUGUCAAGAAGCCAAAUGCAUCACAUAAGCACCAUAAAAAGCCUCAGAGGAAAAAGGAUCGGUCUUGGAGGAUUGGAAACGAUGAUGGAGAUGGAAUGCCAGUGAUGAGAGUCUUCCAGAAGCCAGUGAAUGCUGGUCCUUUCCAGUCUAGGUGAGCCCAUUAAUGGCACCCCUUCAGGGUUCAUUGUUGAUUCUCAGGGAACUCCUCAUGGCUACAUAUUUAGUAAUUCGCUGUUGAUAUAAAUUUUCAUCGCUCAUAAUAUAUAGGGAAAAUGGGAAAAAGAAAUGAAUGCAUUCAAAUAGUUCUAUGCAGUUCACUGGCAAAUGCAUGUAACUAUUUGCAACUUUUCUGAUACGAAUUAGUUACAUAAUUUUCAGUCUUACUGUAUUUUUUUUAAAGGAAGGAGGCCUUGCUGUAUGUUAAGCAAUGAGGUUUAUUUUCAUUUCGUUAUGUAACUUUUAAUUUUUAGUGUUAUCAAUAUUUAUUUUUCGAUUACAA